GCGAUGUGUUGCACCAAGUGGAAGCAUAAUUAAAUCCUACGGUUUCAAAGUGAAGUGCCAAUAGAAACUAGUGAUCUAUUUCGUAUAAGUUCGAUUGUAAACAACAAGUAGCCCUCGAGUGACAAGUCCGUACGCUAUGCUUCAUGAGGAGUCCGAACUGGACGACACCCAUCUCUGUAACAAAUGUGGCCGCACUGUAGUUGGAUUGGAAAAUUACAUCAAACACAGGAAGGUGAGCUGUGUUCAACCGAAACCGGCCACCAGUGGGGCAGCUUCUCGAAUCGGCACAGAACCCGGCUUUACACCUUUUGAUUUCGGUGAGGGAAUCAAGGAUCCAGAGCACCACAAAAAGCUUCCGAACUACAGCUUCAACUACGAAUUGGAAACGCAUCAUAAUGAUCCUGUACAGAGACCUGAUAGCAAAACAGAUUACAAGAAUGAAGUGAACUAUGACUAUGAAUUAGGUGCUGAUUUAUUUUUUUCGUCUCUCGAGCUACAAAGUAGCUCAAAAAAGGGAGCCACCGUUUCGACUGCUGCUAAGCCAAAUAUCCCUGCUAGGACGAAAGCUCGCAAACCGACCACUUCACUAUCAAACACUGAUCCCGACCAUGAGCAGGACCACGAAGAUGACUGGAUUGCGCCCCACCAUGACUCGGAGAAACUUAUGAAAGCUGUUAGCGAUAUCAGCGGCAAUAAGAAAAUGGAUUCUUUGUUUACCUUUUUCCCUCACGAAUCACCGGAACCAUCGGAAGAUGAGAGUGACGAGGAGGAAGAUUUCGACGCUCCACCAAGAACCCACACCGGAGGCAAAUGGAAACCGGAAAAUCGUCCCUCCUCCUCCCAAUGGCGUCAUUGGCCCGAUCAGGAGGGUCAACUGGACAAAUCAAUAGAACCGGAGGAAGAUGAAGAAUACAAGAGUUUUUCCCCUCCACCUGGGCAUACCAAAGGGAAAUGGGUGCCUGGGUCGAAAAUCACUCGUUUGGAGUAUAAAACACCUUCACUUCCGAGCAAAGCUUAUGAUGAUAAUUACUGGUGCAGCAUUUGUAAUCGCAAGCUGGCGUCGCGAUUUGUUUACGAACGGCAUCUAAAGUCAAAUCUUCAUCAAAAGCGAGCGCAAGAGGAAUCGGAACUGGAAAGGGCUGUCAAACCAUCGCUUUACCCGAACGAGCUAUCGAAACGAAUAACAAAACCUCCGGUUUAUCUUGGUGAUGAUUUCUUUACCAGCAAUCUAAGUCCUGAGAAAACUUCCACCCCUACAUCUUUUACGGCUCCUGAUGUGCUGAAAAUCUCUCCACCAAAGGUGAAGAGAAAGCGCAAAAGUUACUACAUGAAGUGUGAAAUUUGUAAAACUCGACUUCCGACGAACCUUCUAGGGAAACAUUUGAUCUCCCGUUAUCAUUACCGUCGAAUGCUGAAUCAUCCAGAUCAAUGCUUCGAUAUUAUACUGAAAAAUAUACAUCGCAUUGUGCUACAAUCACCUUUCCAAUGUCAUCCAUGUAAAUUUUACGCCAACACCGAACAGCAGUUUAUGUCCCAUUGGAACUCUCUAGAACACGAACAGCGCGUUCAAGGAGGCGGAAAGUUCUGGUGCAGUUUUUGCAAAUACGAAUGUAACGAAAACUUUCAUAUGACAAACCACUUGAUCGGAUCUGACCAUCGAGAGGUAAUAUCCGUUAUCAAUCGAUCGGUUCCCAUCAUCAUCCGAAAGAUAACUCCGAUUGUGUGCGAAUUUUGUGGCGACGAAUUUCGUUACAACGCCGAGCUCAAGAGACACCACGAAGCUUGCAACGAGGGAAACCCGGAGGACACCAACCGGGUGAAGCGAACUUUUCAAAACACCUUCUCCUGUGACAUCUGCAAAACAACAUUCCAAAAUCAAAUGCUGCUUCUGCAACACGGCCAAAAGCUGCACCGAUUGGCUCAUUACUACUGUUCGAUAUGCGAGGUAUCCUUCCAAACGCCAAAAGAGUCCCUCCAGCAUCGCCGAACGACCUCGCAUAAGGUGAUGUCAGCAAGGAAACGUCACAAAGCCGGUCUUCCCCCGAAAAAGUGCCACGUCUGCCAGCGACAACUAGCCGAUAUUUUGGAGCUCAAGAAUCACAUUAGAGUUGACCAUCCCGAAAUCAAGUAUAGCUGCCCACAGUGCGGAGAAAAUUUUGUGCUAGCCCAGGAACUUGGCAGACACGUACGUGACAAAAAUUGUACAUUUUUCAAUUCCGUCGCAUCGUCAUCAUCGUCGUCGCCGUCGACGGCGGCACCGGCAGCGGCAACGGACGGAAGAGUGCUGCUUGCGGUGGCAGCACUAGUGCCAGCCGGUUCCACUGCUAAACUGGAAAGUCUCCCAUCAACAUCCCGUGCGCAUCUUCCGGGCGAAAAUUCAAUUAUCCUAAAUGAUUCAAUUAAAGUAAAUAUGAAUGAUCAUAAAGUACGAAAGGAGUCACAUCUGUAUUCUUCAACUUCGUCGCCGGCAGGCGCAAUGAGUCGAAACGAAGCUGCCGGAUUUCUGGAUGAAACAAUCCCGAGGGCAGCAACGCAUUCGGUGCCAACCGCCACUGAUGAGCCGAGAGCUUUAAGGUCAUUGCAAGCAGUGACGAUGAUCGAACAUUACUCUAACCUUCCACCAUCAUCGGCAUCGAGAUCGACAACUGAGACCCAGCGCGUCGCUCCUACCACUUAUCAUCAUCCAGGGCCAGCGUCCCUCUCGCAGUCCGAUCCAUUAUCCGAAGCAAUGGCGACAACAGCAUCGGCCCCGACGGCCACCCAGUCGACCACGACGACAUCAAAUUUCGCCUGCGAUGAUAACAUUGUCGCCAGUUCAUCCGCGUCAGCAGAAAUCUUUUUCGCCAUGGCCAAUAAUGCGUCCGAAAAUAAUACUGUUUACGUUGAUGAAAUCGUUGGCACCAUCACCGAGGACAGUACGCUCGUGUCCUGGCAGUGUAAAAUAUGCUUAUUCAGAACCACCUCACAAGCGUCCUUCCUGUAUCACGAAAUUCUACACUCUUCAAACGCCGCCAACGAGCCAGCAUCGGGCAAAUCGACAAAAAUCACCUGCCCGCUGUGCAAGAAGCAAUUUUCUAAAGCUUCCCUUCGGUGCCACCUGCGUCAGCACACGGACGAACGAAUUUUCCCCUGCGAGCUGUGCCCGAUGAGUUUCACCCGAAAAGCGAAUCUUAAAAAUCACGUGGCAUAUGUUCAUGGGGAAAAGAAGCGUGUAGUAGUGAAAUCGAAUGUCAAGAGGAAUCCUAGCGGAGAAAAAGCCUCGGUUGAUGAGCCACCCUCGAAACGGGGAUCGGAAAUUUGUUCAACUUGCGGAAAAACAUUCGCAAGCAGCAAAAUCCUUGCCCAACAUGCCACGGUUCACCUGGAGCAAAAAUCGAUCAAAGAAUUUGCCUGUCAACACGAGCGCUGCUUCUACAUCGGCCGAAGUGCGGCGGACGUUCGGGCCCAUCUGCUCAGCCGCCACUCGGACGAACGGAAUUUCGUUUGCAGCGAGCCCGGUUGCGACUAUCGGGGCAAGACGAUCACUCAACUGCGAAGACAUUACCAACGGCAUGAGGAAACGGUGAAGAAAUAUAAAUGCGAUCAGUGCGAGUUUGCUUCGCGAAUCCCUGGCCACCUGAAGCGGCACCUUCUGGUGCAUAGUGGCGGAAAACCUUUCACCUGCCCACACUGCGAUUACAGUUGCAACAACAUUGAAAACCUUCGCAAGCACGUGAUAUCAACUGCCAAACACAAAGGCAAGUAUCUGUACGAGUGUAAGUACUGUUCGAUGGAUGGUCCAGAAGCGGUGGUAUUCAAAACGAAUUUUCACAAAGAAUACAAAGAUCAUCUUCAAGGAUCGCAUAGUCUUUCAGCAGAGGAAGCAAGUCAAGUUGCUCGUAUUGUGCCUGGUUAAAAAAUUGAA